AUGGAAGAAGACAUCCUCAUUGUCGGCGCCGGCAUCUUCGGCGUAAGCACAGCCUACCAUCUCGCUCUCCAUGCCUCCAACCCCUCCCGCAUCACGCUCCUUGACCGCGCCGCCGCUCCAUCCUCCGUCGCCGCAUCCACCGACAUCAACAAGAUCAUCCGCGCAGACUACUCCAACCCGCUAUACAUGGACCUAGGCUUCGAAGCCAUCGAAGCCUGGAAGAACCUCCCGUUUUUCCGCGAUGCCGGAGUCUAUCACCAAAGCGGGUGGAUCGCCAUGGACGAGAAGCACAGCGACGUGCCGACGCGCAUCAGGGAGAACUUCCGCGCCAGCGGUCGCGAGGACGUCAUUGAGGAUUUGACAGAGGAGGAGGUGCGCAGAAGAUGGAGCGUGCUUGCUCAGACGGAUUGUGCGCCGUUUGGGUCUUAUUAUUAUAAUCCCUCGGCGGGGUGGGCUGAUGCGGGAAAGGCGUUGCAAGUCAUGGCACAGGAGACGGUUAAGCUUGGGGUUAAUUAUCAGGUGGGGGAGGCGAGGAGGGUAGUAUGGGGAGAUGGUCGGGUUGAGGGCGUUGGGACUGAGAUGGGUCGCGUCUUUAGAGCUGACAAGGUUCUGCUGGCGACAGGAGCCUGGACGAGUCAAUUGAUGUCGUCGGUGGAAGAUGAACUGGGAUUAUUGGAGGCUGAGCGAGUAGAGAGUCAGAUCUCUGCUACCGGGGUUUCUGUUGCUCAUUUCCAGCUGUCGGAGGCUGAGAAGGAGGUAUAUAGCCAGCUUCCGGUUUUCGUAUAUGGAGGGCUAGGCGAGGUGAUUCCCCCGACCGAGUCCGGGGUUCUCAAGUUCACCUUCUCGACUUCAUUUAAAAACACCGUCCAGACUCCAUCAGGCCAUAAGAUCUCGGUGCCAUCGAUCCAAAGCCAAUGGGAAGUUCCGAAGAAGCUUCAAGAGAGUUCGAUACCACAGAUUCGUGCCAGAAUUCCGCAAAUCCUGGAAAACGACCGACGGCCUGAUUACUACCGGCUUUGCUGGGACUCGAUAUCAUCAGAUCAGCAUCCUCGCAUCACCAGACAUCCCGAUUCAAAACUCUCAAAUCUCUAUCUUGCGGUCGGUGGUUCAUUUCACUGCUAUAAGUUCCUGCCUACCAUUGGAAAAUACGUAGUGAAUGUCCUGAACGGAGUCACCAACGGGGCGCAGCAAGACGAGGCCUGGGUGUGGAAACAGUCUCAGAGAAGUGAGAGAGGAGUACAUGAGUCGCUUGUUCCGAAAAAUGAGCUCCAGGACUUUUCAUGA